ACGCGUGCAGACGACGAUCGAAGCUAACGGCAAAUAUAAAAAUAUAAUUAUAAUUUUUUUUUUGGUGAAAAGGCAAAUUGCCGCUGUGUUGAGACCAGAGUGUCUAAAUAUAUGAAUGUGUGUGUGCGUACAUGUAUAUGCGUUAUUCUAAUUAUAAUAUGUGAAUAUUGAGCAAGGCAAGGCGUAAAAAAAAUUUAAAAAAAAAAAUACAACAACAGCAACAAAAAAUUAGAGCACCGGUGUCUAUUUUCGAAGCAAUAAUUUCACAAAUUUAAGCGAAAAAUAAUAAAGGAAAAGCAAAAUAGAAAAUUCACGCACUAGAAAAGCAACAACAUCAGGCAGACGAGCACGCAAAAACGAUUAUUGAAACAUUGUAACGGUAAGCGGAAAUUGCACGGCACUCAACGGACGUUUGUUUUGGCCGUUAACGGUUUAUAUUUUGCGAACGUGAGUUUGGUCGCUGGAAAGCGCAUUCGCCGGCGCCGCGAUUGUGGUUUAUGUGCAGUGAAUUUAGUGGCAAGAACACACACAGGCAAAUACACCGCUAAAUAGUUGAAAAAAAAAUAUACAAAACUACGCCAAAAACACAGUUUUUGUUGUUGUUGUGGAAGGUGGCAAGCAUUUCAAAUUUAAUUUUUUUUUUCAAUUUUGCGCGUAAAAUCGUGAGCACUCGCAGCUGCGUGUACGUGAGUCGAAAAUACAUUCAUAGCACUUGAUAACUUUGUGUUGCUCUCAUGAAAUUUUCCAUCUUCUGAAACUUAUUACUGCUACAAAUUAGCCAACAAUAAUAAUUACCUAAAUCAAAAUAAACACAACAACAACACAAUACAAACAACUGAAACGAAAAAUCAAAGUGAUUGCAAUCAAAAAUCCAAAAAAAGAAGUGAAAGCGCACCAAAAAUUGCAAAGCCAUAAAGUAAAACAGCGACACCACAAAGAAACAGCAAACAACAACAAAAACGACGAAAAAACCAUUACAUUGUAACCAAAAAUAAACACAGCGCCGCGCACAUCAACAAACACACAAAGAAACGCACAGGCAAAGAUCAAAGAAGUAGCGAAGCAGAGAAACAGAAGUGCGACGUAGUGAGGAAAAUCGCGAAUCACAAAUCACAAAGGCGAGGCGAGCAGUUCCAAAGUGCAGCGAAAAUUCAGCCUCAAAAUGGUCGACGACUUUUCACCGAUGCGCAUGCAGAAGAAGACGCGCAGCGCCUCCAUUUGCGCAACGAGCGGCGGCAGCAUCGAAACGGCCAUACAUAAUAUGCCGGCGUACGGCGCGGCGUCGGGCAGUGCCACACCCGAGAGCGGCGGCACGCCCGGCUAUCGGCGUCGACGACCGGCCACACGGUCGCAAAGUGCGCGCAUCACGACCGGCGCCAAAUCGGUACGGCGACGCGCGCAAGCACAGGCCCAACAGCAGCAACAACAGCAAUAUAAUCUGGAGAAUGCACGUUCCUACUGCACGAGCGAGCCGCGUCUCAGCGAAACGGAAACGCCGCCGCAAAGACGCAAAUUAUCGCAACGAAGACCACAACAGCAUGCACAGCGAAAAUCAAAUGCGUUCCUCGAUGUGCCCGCAAUGCAUCAUUUGCGUGUCAGCGACGAUGAUGAAGAUCUGGAUCGUUUGCGCACAUUCAGCGCUUCCAAGGGCGGCGUCAUCAAUCGUGGCGAUUCGUUUCGACGUCGCCGCUCGCGCAGCAACAGUUUGGCACCGGUGAGCCCCAUACACCCGCGUCUGGGUGGCGGUGGCGGCAUUGGCGGCAGUGUUGGUGGUGGCAUUAAUGGCGAUUACACGGGCGCACAGGAUGAACCGCAACAACAACAGCCGGUCGAAGUGUUUCGCGUAGAUAUGCUCGGUGCAUCUGGCGUUGGCAAACAGGCGUUGAUCCAGCAAUUUCGAACGUCAGACUGCAUUAAUGCAUACGAUGGACCAGAAUGCGAUGUUGCGGAGCAGAAUAUUUCAAUAAUUCUAAAUGGCAUCGAAUCGGAAUUGAAGUUCUCCACGGGACAACAGGAUAACAAGGAUGAAUUGGAAAAGGCUGACGCUUUUCUCGUAAUCUACUCUUGCAUUGACAAGGAGUCAUUCACACGCGCCAAACAUAUACUAUCACGACUGCAGGAUAUGGAUUUGAUACGCACACGUCCGAUCAUUUUGGUGGCGAACAAAAUUGAUUUGGCACGUUCGCGUGCGGUUUCCUCACAAGAUGGCAAAUGCGUCGCCUGUACAUUUGGCGCCAAAUUCAUUGAAGUCUCGGCGGGCAUCAAUCAUAAUUGCGACGACUUACUGGCUGGCACUUUGACACAAAUUCGUCUCAAAAAGGAUCAAAAUUUAUUGCAUAAUCCAGAUGGUACUUCACGUACUGGUUCUAAGAAAUCCAAAGACAAACAUAAAGAUAAAGACAAUAAUAAAAUUAAAGAAAAAGAAAAGGUUAUAGACAAGGCGCUAGAGCACAAUGGCGCUGAUUGUGUAAAUGAGAAAAAUUCUGAAAAUUUGGGCAAUCGAGAUGGCGCCUCCUCGCCGGCGCACUGGUAUAAGAGCCGCAGCGUUGUAUUGGCCAGCAUGAAGGCGCGCCAAAUGCUCACCUGGAUACUGGGCAAAGAAGAUUCGAAAUUUAAAAAUUGCGAGAAUCUGCAAGUGCUCUAAAAAGCAAUGCAACGGAGCGGAUGAAAAUGUCAAAGUGAGAUAAAAAUGAGAAAAAACAAAACAGAAUAAACUAAAUCAAAAGUUGGACUGUCUGAACAAAGUGAGGGAAUUCGGUACUAUAACGGGACACAUGUGUGUAUAUAAAAUAAAUAUGUGUAAAUGUAGAAAAAGCAUUUCAUAUUUAUAUAUGUAUGUACGUAUAUUACAUAAUAUAUUACGUUACUAAACUACAUAAAUUAUAUAUGUGUAUAUAUGUAACUAGCUAGAUGUAUUGAACUUACCUACAUAUGUACAAUAUAUGUAUGUAUUUAUAGCUGUAUAUAUAUAGAAAUAUAUAUUUACUCCAAAUUGGUGAGUUUAGGUUAGGUGUGACAUGAAUCAAUAUUCUUAUACCGAGAUAUAUAGCUGUAGGUGUAGGUAACUCUGUAUGUAUUUGCUCCAUAAAUUUAAAUGACGUUCUUAUUUCAAGCGAUAAAAUCAAAU